AUGGACAAAAUUACUACAGAAGGAAAUGUUGCGGAAGAUCCUGAAUCGUAUGGAAAGCAAAAAGUAACCCUGGACACAAUCCUCGUAAAUGAAAUUGGGCAGUUUGGAAAGUUCCAGUUGAGGGCAGUAAUACUAGCGGCAGUUAUAGCAAUCUUUGCAGCUUGGAGUGCUUCUGAGUAUGUCUUCACAACUGCUAGAAUCACAACCAGAUGUGUAAUUCCGGAGUGUGACGGCCCUCAGCCCGAAUGGUCACCAUAUUGGCUUCCAAAUGCUAUACCAGCUACUGGUUCGAGCACAUUUGACAAUUGUCAACGGUAUGGCAAUUCAUCUGCUUUAUCGCGACAAGUCGAAAGCAACACCUGUCCAAGCUCACUCUUUGACAGGAAUUAUGUACGCCCUUGUGAGGAUCACGUUUAUGAGAACACGCACUCAGUCGCGUACGAUUUGGAUCUAGCAUGUGAUGAAUGGAGAAGAUCAUUAAUAGGUACCAUUAGAACUUUUGGUACUUUGACUGCGCUACCAAUCACUGGGUACGUGUCAGAUCGGUGGGGCCGUCGUGUAGCGCUUACUCUCAAUGCUUUCAAUACGGCAUGGAUGGGUGUGGUCAGAUUUUGGUCAAAUACAUACAUAGGUUUUAUGUUGUCUGAGUUUUUUGAAGCUACUUUCGGAUCCGGUGGCUUUUCGAGUAAUUACAUUAUGCUCAUGGAGUUGAUGGGCCCUAAGUACCGCGUUGCUGGUGGCGCAUUGAUGAAUACUUGCUUUUCGGUGGGAUGUGUACUAAUGGGUUUAAUUGCUUGGGGUGUACCGAACUGGAGGUACCUCACAAUAACCCUGUACAUUCCUCAACUGCUAACAAUACUCUAUUUUUGGCUCGUAACUGAAUCUAUUCGUUGGUACAUGAGCAAAGGCCGCUUCGAUGAAUCAGAUGCGGUAUUACGAAAGAUGGCGAAAGCUAACGGCACGACAGUAUCUGAAAAGUCUUUGCAGGCAUUACGCGACACGGCGCUCCAAGAGGCGAAGGAAAAAGCACUGGAGGAAGAACUUAAAGGCCAAGAACCUUGGUUAAUCGUACAAAUAUUUCAACAUAAGCCAAUAUUACUUCGUGUACUUGUGUCGCCUGUGUGGUGGGUUACCACCACUUUCAUAUACUACGGAUUGUCGAUCAACGCUGUGAAUAUGUCAGGCAAUAGAUAUUUAAACUAUGUGUACGUGUCAGCAGUCGAGAUUCCCGGCUAUUGGUCGGCAGUUUUCCUAUUGGGAAGGAUUGGAAGAAAGGCAGUGCUUAUUUUAGGUUUCUGGAUAUGCGCUGCUUGCCAAAUUGCGUACAUAUUUAUGCCUGAUAAUCUGUAUCCAGUGUCUCUAACAGUUUACCUGAUUGGUAAGUUCUCGAUCGCGAUGGUGAUGACAUCAAUUUACGUUUACACCACGGAGCUGUACCCUACAAAACAUCGCCAUAGCCUCUUUGCGUAUUCGUCGAUGAUAGGACGAAUUGGUUCCAUGGUGGCACCUCUCACACCAGCUAUUGGUGCACAAUGGUUCGAAGAUUUACCGUUCGUCUUGUUUGCAUCCUUCGCCCUACUCUCCGGUGGGCUUAUCUUCCUCACGCCGGAGACCCGUGAUACGAAACUGCCGGAUACAUUAGAGGAGGCUUCCCAACUUGGAAAUAAAAAUUAUAUUAAGAAGUGA